AUGUCAUUCAAAUCAGCCCAUGUCUUCGCCAAAUCAGCCCAGGAACUCGAUGUGCAGAUCCAAGAAAAGCAAAAGCCGACCCUCGAGCCCGAUCAAAUUCUCAUACGGGUGGUUGUGUCGGGCACGAACCCCAAGGACUGGAAAUACCCCUUGUUCAUGAAAUCGGCCUCGGGGCUCAACACAGGCGACGACAUCGCCGGAUACGUGGAUGCCAUUGGCAGCAACGUGACGGAAUUCCAUGUCGGCGACCGCGUUGGUGCUUUCCAUCAGAUGGGGUCGCCUUACGGCAGCUUCGCCGAGUAUGCCGUCGCCUGGGAGAAGUCCACGUUUCACCUCCCCAAGCAGACCAGCUUCGAGGAGGCCGCGACCAUUCCCCUCGCCGCCAUGACCGCCGUCGUAGGCCUUUAUGCUCGUCUUGGCCUUCCUGAGCCUUGGGUCCACGUCUCUCAAGCCAGGAAAGACGCUCUCGCAGGAGGCGUGCUGGUCUACGGCGCCGCGGGGGCCGUCGGCGCUUUCGCCAUCAAACUCCUGCUACGCUCUCAGAUCCACCCCAUCAUCGCCGUAGCAGGCCGAGGCAUCCCAUUCGUCGAGGGCCUGCUCGACAAAUCCAAAGGUGACGUAGUGGUUGAUUACCGCAAGGGCGACGAGUCAGUCGUUGCGGGGAUCAAGAGCGCAAUCCCCUCGGGCCAGAAACUGCUGUACGCGUACGACGCCGUCUCCGAGAACGGGUCGUACCAGAACAUCAUCAAAGCACUUGAUCCCCAUGGCCACCUGACGCUAGUCCUCCCGGGCAGGAAGUAUGAGGAGGUGCCUGAGACGGUGAACAAGACACUGACGACCGUCGGGUCUGUGCACGGCACGCCCGACGACUUGAUGGACCUAGGCUAUGCCUGGUUCAGGCUAUUCAGCCUGGGUCUAAAGGAGGGCUGGUUCAGUGGACAUCCGUACGAGGUCAUUCCUGGCGGUCUGAAUGGUGUGCAAAAGGGAUUGGAGAAUCUUCGAGAUGGCAAGGCUAGUGCUGUUAAGUACGUCUACAGGAUUGAGGAAACGCAGGGGAUUGAGAAGAGUAAGAUCUGA